UGCGAUGGAACGGAAAAUGGCGGCUUUUGGAGACGCUCGCAUCUUUACGCGCUGUGGAGUUCCACACAGGGCUAACGUUUUUGGCUUUUAAUGAGGUUAAACUUGUUUUUAUGCGGAUAUAUGCACCCCGAGGACACGGCGGGGUUCCGGUCUGAAGUUCCUUAAACUCUGGAGACCUAACGGGAUUCUGCUAAGAACAAAGCUCCGGUUGGUCCUGAAUUUAAAGAAAUUAGUCAAACUAAAAUAAUUUCUUUUAAAUUCUGGUCAGUAAUUUAGACGCUUUUUUGGGACGAGUCGUAACAGCUUUUCAACUAUUAGCACUUCUCUGUUUUGUUUCUCCGCCUCGUUAAUUCCCUUUAAAUCAGAGCAAAGCAACGGUCCACCGGUCCCCGCCUUUCUGUUUACUAUCAAAGAGCCAUGUGGCCCCACGGCGCAGGAUAGAGGGCUGCUGUGGCCCCACGGCGCAGGAUAGAGGGCUGCUGUGGCCCCACAGCUCUGGCUCCUUAUCUGUAGAGAAAGUCCCAGGGUUCCCAGUGAAUAUGGAUGAUUCAAAGCCACGCUACAGCAAAAGGCUGCGGGCCGGAACUAGAAGACGUUACCAUGACGAUGGCAUCUCUGAUGAGGAGAUCGAUGGAAGGAGGACGUUUGACUUGGAGGAGAAAGUCAGCAGCGAAAGGUUCAGUUCUGACCGGAUCGUCCGCAUGGAAGGAAAAGACUUCACUUAUGAGUUCGUCCAGAGAGGAGGCCUGAGGGACCCAAUCCUGUUUGAGAAGCCUGAUGGCCUGGGUCUGAAGAUGCCAGAACCGGACUUCAGUGUCAACGACGUCAAGACGUUUGUUGGUUCCAGACGCAUGAUAGAUGUGAUGGAUGUGAGCACCCAGAAGGGGACAGAGAUGUCCAUGGCCCAGUGGACGCGUUACUACGAGACUCCUGUGUCUCAGAGAGAUAAACUCUAUAACGUCAUCAGUCUGGAGUUCAGCCACACCAAGCUGGAGAAUCUGGUCAAGAGACCCACCACGGUGGAGCUCAUAGACUGGGUGGACAACAUGUGGCCUCGUCACCUUAAAGAGAGACAGAGGGAUUCAACCAACUCCAUCAAUGACAUGCAGUACCCAAAGGUCCAGAAGUACUGCCUGAUGAGUGUCCAAGGCUGCUACACAGACUUCCACAUCGACUUUGGAGGGACGUCCGUCUGGUACCACAUCCUGAAAGGGAGGAAGGUGUUCUGGUUGAUCCCUCCUACGGAUCCAAGCCUGGAGCUCUAUGAGAACUGGGUUCUGUCUGGAAAGCAGGGAGACAUUUUUCUGGGAGACCGAGUGUCUGACUGUCAGAGGAUCGAACUGAAGCCGGGCUGUACCUUCAUCAUCCCCUCAGGUUGGAUCCAUGCCGUCUAUACCCCCGUGGACUCCAUGGUGUUUGGAGGAAACUUCCUGCACAGCUUCAACAUCCCCAUGCAGCUGAACAUCUGUAACAUAGAGGACAGAACGCGGGUUCCUAUGAAGUUCCGCUGUCCCUUCUUCUAUGAGAUGUGCUGGUACGUGCUGGAGCGCUACGUCUACAGCCUAACGAAGACCUCUUACCUCACACCUGAGUUUCAGAAAUACUCUCUGGGUACAGCUCGUGAGCUGCAGGAGGAGGGUUCUGGUAAGAACGAAGAGCCUUCAGGCGCCCAGUCGGAAAAGUCCCCAUCCAAAGUCCAUUUGACUCCCCUGGAGCUGGAGGGGCUGUGGAGUCUGAUCGGCAAACUGGAGACGCUGCAGUCCAACAAGAAGUGCGUUCCAGCUGGAAUCCAGAACGCCUCCACGCUCAUGACGCACAUCAAGGCUCUGCUGAAGGAGCACGCUAAUGACAACCCUAAACUGGCGUACACUGGGAAACCCAUCGUCAAGUGGCCGCCCAGGCCCUCAUGGUAUCAGCCGCCGCCGCCGCCUCCUCCUCCCCCACCGCCACCAGCCCCUCGUCCUAAACCACCCUCAGCAACCACCGUCCAGCGUCCUCAGAAACCCGCCUCCAUGUCUUCACUGAGGCGGCGCCGAGUCAGAUGUAAGCGCUGUGAGGCCUGCAUUAGGCCAGAGUGUGGAGAGUGUAACUUCUGCAGAGACAUGAAGAAGUUUGGAGGACCAGGGAAGCUCAAGCAGACCUGCGUGCUGCGGCAGUGCCUCUCACCGGGCCUUCCUCUGUCUGCUGUGUGUGAGAUCUGCAAAGAGCCCAAUCAGGAGGAAACUGGAGACCCUUCCCUCACCCUGAUGGAGUGUUCCAGCUGUGCCCAGAUCGUCCAUCCCGCCUGCCUCACGGUACGUCAGGAGGUUCCGCUUUGGUUUGGAGUUAAUAAGAUCAUUAUUUAUCCCUCUGCGGGUAACCUGGAGCGGUCUGCGUUCUACGACAUCAUCAGGUCUCAGAAACUAAAGAACCCUGAGGGACGCCACAGUAAAGCUGUUGCUCUGUUAAAUAAAAACCUGAUGAAGCUGAAGUUUCUGAGCCUGCGUCUUUCCUCCCCUCAUGUUCAGAAAAGGAAAUCCUCAUCUCUGCUUGACGCUCGGAUCGCAAAGAUCUACAGACGCCACCUCCACAGCCAGGAUGGGGAGGACUCUGCCAGUGACGACGAUAACUCGUCCCACAGAAGGAGAUUGGCUCUCUCUGCUCACGGAGGCGGCCACAUGUCCAGGAAGGCGUUCGGUGCCAACAGGAGAGGUCUGCUGCGGGGCGGCCUGUCCCACAAAGGGAGCAGAGGGGGGCUGGGGGCGGGCGGCUCCAUGUCGGGCCUCAGACUAAAGAGGGGCGUGGCCAUGAGGGAGGCGGGGCGGAGAGGCCGGGUCAGACUCCGCGGAGGCUCCAGGAUGCAAAGGAGGGGCGACGACUCAGAAGAGUCGGAUGACGAUGAAGACGAUGAUGAUGACGACGACGACGAUGAUGACGAUUAUGAUGAAGAAGAAGGCGAGAGCGAGGAAGAAAAGGAAUAUCUGCGGCACAAACACAGGAGACGCAGGAGGGACUACGAUGAAGACGAGGAUAGCGAAGGGCAGGACUACGACCCUGAAGAAGAGGAGGUGGACACCGCUGAAGAUGAAGAGCUGAAAAAGGAGGAGGAUGAGGAGGAGGACGGUCGCUGGGAUUCAGACCCAGAACCUCCGGUUCUCCUGGUGUCCGACCUGAACGACGAGCUGCUGAGCGGCUCCUACCUGACGGUCACCCUGCAGCAGCCUCACAGAACCAAGAGCCAGUCAGGCUCCAUCGUGCCGAAGCUGGAGGCCGCCAUGGGGCUGAGGUCAGCAGCAGGGGGAGGUGGUCAGCAGGGCUUCAUCCAGAGGAAGGCGGCUCAUUCCAAACCUUCCAGAGUCCGAGGUGCUGAUUCUGCCGACACCUUCACCCCCAGAGGACCCGGCAGGCCUCGUCUGCGAGGAAGUCAGGGAGAAAAAAGCAGCAGAACGUACUCUGCCUCUUCCUCUGAGGAAGACCAGGCUGCUGCUCCUGCUCCGUCCUCUCUGCUGUCUCUGCCGUCCUUUAAGGACGCAGGCAGCGAUCGGGGCGGGGAGAAGGAGAUCUGGGUGUCUGUCUUCAGAUACCUGAACAGAGCGGAGCUGCUGGCCUGUAUGACCGUCUGUAAAGCCUGGUAUAAAUGGAGCUGUGACAAACGCCUGUGGAGUCACAUCGAUGUGAGUCGGUGCAACCCGCUCAGUAACCAGGCGCUGGCGGGCAUCAUCAAACGCCAUCCCACCUCUCUGGACCUGUCCUGGACGCCGCUGGCCAUGAGGCAGCUGAACUGCCUGCUCACCAGACUCCCAGGUCUGAGGGAGCUGAGGCUGACCGGUCUGCCCUGGUCCUGUCUGUCAGCGCUGGUCUCUCCCACCCUGCCCCAGUUACAGCUGCUGGAUCUACGCUGGUGUGAAGGCAUCAGAGAGGCCCAGAUUAAAGAGAUCAUCACUCCACCAGGUUUGGAGUCGUCGCGCAGCAGGCUGAGGAACAUGGUGACGCUGCGUCUGUCCGGCCUGGACAUCAGCGAGUCCACCCUCAGGCUGUUGCAGCGCCACAUGCCCCAUCUGCAGACUCUGGACCUGGCUCACUGCAAGAACGUAACGGAUUCCUGUAUCACGCUGCUGGCAGCCGCUGGGACUCACACCCGCAACAACCUCAGCGAGCUGACUCUGGCUGGUUGUAACCAGCUGAGCGACGGCUGCCUGUCCUACAUGAAGAGGUUCUCCUCUCUGACUCUGCUGGACCUCAGAGGCUGUAAGGGUGUCAGCAGACGGGCCUGCGACGCCUUCAUCUCUGACCUGUCCCAUGUUGCCCUCUUCUGUAUGAUGGAGGAGAAGCUCAUCCAACGCCUGGACUGAACGCAGAGAAUCAUCAUUUGAUGACAGCGGAGCGGUCAGACCGGACUGCGGCCCACAUAAUGCAGGACUUUUAUCUUAGUCAUUUCAUUUAACACCUGAUCCCGUCUGUUUUUAUUUUUGGUGUUUUUUUUGUAAAUAGAAGAUCUUUGUAUGCAGAUGUUGUUUGGCUCCAUCUGAGCAGAGU